CUGGUCAUUUUCAGAUAACCCGUCCAGACGUCAAGCGGUCAUGUCGACGGAACGACAGCAACAACAUCCCGCAUCCAAGGUGUCUCCCACCGCGGAGACUCGCACAUCCAUGAAGGCAUACUGGGUCGAGCACAGUUCCGACAGCAACGUGGAGACCAUGAUGCUGGACUCGAACGCCAAGAUCUUGACAGAACUCGAGACGCCCGAAAUUCUGUCCAAGAUGCCGUCCUACAAGGAUAAAGACGUGCUUGAAAUGGCUGCUGGUAUCGGUCGAUACACUGGCACCAUUGCUGAACACGCUGCGUCUGUGGUGGCCGUCGAAUUCAUCGAAGGGUUCCACGCUACGAAUGUCGAAACGAAUGGCCAUCGUGCCAACUGCUCAUUCAUCUGUGGCGAUGUGUGCGACUUGGAACGUCCGAAAGAGUCCCUUGACGUUGUGUUCUCCAACUGGUUGCUCAUGUACUUGAACGACGUCGAGGUGAAGAAGCUCGCGCUCAAGAACUUGCAAUGGCUCCGCACAGGGGGUGAAGUGUUUUUCCGUGAAUCGUGCUUUCGCCAAUCGGGUGACGUCAAGCGCACGUCGAACCCGACACAAUACCGCCACCCGAGCUUCUACAUGGAAGCUUUCUCAUCCGUCAUGAUUGACGAAGGCAACGGCAAGAUCAGCCAGUUUGAGUUGAUCUCUCAAUCCAGCGUCAGCGUCUACCGCCGCGUGAAGAAGAACAACGGGCAGAUCUGCUUCCGCUUUCGCAAAGUCACCAAAGACGGAUCGAUCGAGUCGUUCCAGCGCUUCUUGGACUCACAACAGUACUCGACUGGGAGCAUUGCCCGCUACGAAAAGAUUUUUGGUGAAGGCUACGUGAGCACGGGUGGCCAAGACACGACGACCGAGUUCGUGGCCAAGCUUGGUCUCAAAGCUGGUGAGCGCGUGUUGGACGUCGGCUGCGGCAUUGGCGGCGGCGAUUUCUACAUGGCCAAGGCGUUUGGUGUGUCCGUGGUUGGAAUCGAUUUGUCGACGAAUAUGGUGCAUCGCGCGCUGGAGCGUUCGCUGGCUGAACCCACGGUCGACGUUGAGUUUGAAGUGUGCGACGCGACUACCAAGGAGUACCCGGCUGGAUCCUUUGACGUGAUCUACUCGCGCGACACGAUUCUGCACAUUGCUGACAAGCUCGGGUUGUUUGAGAAAUUUUACCGCUGGCUCAAGCCCGGCGGCCGCGUGCUGAUCUCAGACUAUUGCUGUGGCGAACAACAACAGUCGGACCGCUUCCAAGCUUACGUGGCGAGCCGGGGAUACCACCUCUUGUCGCCAUCGCAGUAUGGCCAAGUCCUGUCAAAGGCUGGGUUUUCCGACGUCGUCGCCGAGGAUCGCACAGAGCACUUUAUCUACGUGCUCAAGGCCGAGCUCGAACGUACCGUCGCAGCUCGCCAAGACUUCAUUGCGCAGACGUCGGAGAAAGACUACCAGGACAUUGUCGAUGGCUGGGAAGCCAAACUUGUGCGCUGUGCCGACGGCGACCAAAAAUGGGGCCUCUUUAUCGGCUACAAGCAUUAACUGUUAGGUUGCAAGUUGAGAAUAUGGAAGACGUGAAUGCGAUACUUCUCCACACCCUUCACAGUUUUGUAAGGUCUGGAUUUUAUCAUGUCGCGCUGUGGCGCCAUACACCACCAGAACUCAGCAUGAGUGCGAGCGACCUUGAGCCUGGAGGCGCAGGGAACAAUGUAGCACGCAACGGCGUAACCACAACGGCCCCGCGAUGCAGACGAAAGCUAUUACUUCAUGGUCCAACGGCCCAAACAUGGCAAAUUCGGCCCGCCCGCUCUGUGCACUAGCAACCCCUACAACUCGACUCGAACUGUCGAAGUAGGGUGGACGCCAGGCCACCCGGUAAGCUCGUCCGUGUAGGUGGCGUUGCCGGCGCUGUACGACUUGGAUGGGUGGGAAGUGCACAUUGCAUUUG